GAUUGUACAGAAGAUGGAGCUCAAGACCGAAGUGACCGAUCUGAUCAAGAUGGUGGUCCAGAGUGGUCUCCUCCGAAGUGGAGCCGAGGGACAGUACUCGACCCACUCGCUCACCCAGCAGGUGGCUCGAGAGUAUGUCCAACGAUGCGAAGAGCUCAAGCCUGAUCAAGCUGAGGCAUCAUCUGGAGAAGCACUGCUGAAUCUAACUGAUUCGAUGGAUCCAUAUGCUCAGACAUUUUCAGAGCACCUGGCCUGGUACGCCAGGGUUGCCGUUCCUGAAGUCUACAGAAGUAGGCUGCAUCGCCAGAUCGAAUUUCGGAUCGCAAACCUGGCAGAAAAGCGUCCUCUCUACGUCCAAGCGAUGGAUAUGUAUAAGACAAACCUAGAGCGAGUCAUUGUGUUCCAGGGUACUCGUGAAAACCUGUCGGUUGCCCAGAUCCUCCACAACAUGGGCAACGUAGCGGUGGAACAAGGUCACCUUGACGAAGCGCUCGGGUAUUUCCAGGAAUCUCUUGAUAUUAAGGUCAAAAUUUACGGUACUCGAGAGCACCAAAAAGUCGCCAUAACUCUCAACAGUAUGGGGUUGGUGUCGUAUCGGCAAGGACGCCUUGAUGAAGCACUCAGGUUUUUUCAAGAGACCCUUGACAUCAAGAUCAAAGUAUAUGGCACUCGUGAGCAUCUCAAUGUGACUUCAACGCUAACUAACUUGGGCAACGUAGCCAAAGAUCAAGGACGCCUCGAUGAAGCCCUCGCGUUCUACCAGGAAGACUUGGAUAUUACCACAAGGCUCUACGGUACCCGCCAGCACCCCGAUAUUGCCACAACGCUCGGCAAUAUGGGCGGAGUGGCCGUUCACCAAGGCCAUUUGAAUGAAGCACACGCCUUUUACCAAGAGGCUUUGGACAUCACCAUACGAUACUACGACACUCGUGAGCACCCCGCUGUUUCCAGAGGUCUUUUGUGUAUGGGUAUUGUGGCAAGUGGUCAAGGUCACUUGGAAGAGGCGCUUGCUUAUUACCAAGAGGCCCUCGACAUCGAGAUCAAGAUCCAUGGCACCCGCGAGCAUCCUGAUGUCGCCGAGACCCUGCAAAACAUGGGCCAGCUAAAAAGCUCACAAGGGCAUCUGGAUCAAGCAAUGCUCUUGUACCAAGAGUCCCUCGAUAUCACCGCCAAAGUGUAUUCCACUCGCGAACACCCGCUGGCUGCCAGGGCUUUGGCCAAUAUCGCAAGUCUACUGCAGGAGCAAGGGCGAUUAAAGGAGGCCCUUAAGCUGUAUCAAGAAUCCAUGGACAUCAGAACCAAGAUAUGCGGCACUCGCGAGCACCUCGACGUCGCUGUGUCGAUUCGCCUUCUUGGCGAUUGUGUGCGAGUUCAAGGCGACUAUGUCCUGGCCGAGGCACUCUUUCUCGAGGCGCUUGCCAUCCUUACCAAAGUCCUUAAAACGCGUGCGCAUCCUCAAGUUGCAUUUGUUCUCAACUCUCACGGGAUACUCAAGUGCCUUCAAGGGCAGCUCUCUGAAGCGCAGAUCAUGCUUCAGGAAGCGCUUGCCAUUUCCAUCGAGGUGAACAAAACGCGCCAGCAUCCGGAUGUUGCCAUGAUUCUCCAUCACAUGGGCAAUGUCGCAUGUUCUCAGUGCGAUCCUAUCAAAGCACUCGCCUCGUAUCGAGAAGCGCUGGAGAUUUGGACCGACGCCUUCCAGGACCCAGAGAACAAGAAUAUCAGGAAGGUCAAGGAUUGUAUCGCAAGCGUCGAGGACCAGAUACAAGAGCAGCAACAGCCAGCUGUUCCUGCAAGCCCGCAACCGCCUCGACAUGAGCCCACUGAUCCCAGUCGCACCGAGGAGACGUGCUAA